AUGACAGUGAUGUGCCCCAGGGUGCGUUCCCCAUCACGCGCUGGACCAGCCACGCUGUCACAUCAGAAGGGAGUCCCAGAUGGAGGAUUCGGCCAUCCAGGUCUCAGGCUGUAUAGACAGCCUGGUGCCUCGGCUGGGGCUGGGGCUGGCAAUGAUGUUGGCCUUCCCGAUGGAAUAUUUGGGAGAUGUCAGCGAGUGCCAGUAAUAGACAUCUAUAAAUAUGACAUUUCACCCCCUGUUCUUCAGCGCCUAAGGAUCAUCCUGGAGAAGCUCUCACACAGAGGUUUUACCUGGCGAGAUGAUUAUACACAACAUGUUAUUGGUCAGGAACUCUCAACCAUUCACAAAAUCCACAACAGACGCCCUGAUAUAUUGGCGUCUGAAGGAUCUGAUACAGGAAGGACUUUGGGACAGAAUGCAGAUAAUGAAAGAAAUUAUGAUCUGGAAAAUGAUGUGAACUUGGCCAAGUCUCUUCAGCAAUAUCUUAAAUAUCUCAGUAUUCUCUCCCAGUCUGCAGCUACAAAUUUGUAUCCAAGGAAGACAAAUGACAAAGCUUCUGUCAAGAGCUACAUCUAUAAUGAUCCCAUCAGGUACUACAUGAUGCAAAAACCCAAAGAGCGAGCACCUCCUUUGGCCCAUGCAUCAACAUCCCGUCAACAGCACACGGAAAAUCUCCUUGGAAGGACCUUCAACCAGCCUCAGCCAGACAAGUUCUCGCCAGAGUCAGAAAUGGGGCUUGACCAAAAAACUCUGAUGGCGGCACUGCAUACGUACAUCACUCGGAACUUGUCAGCACAAAGCAAUGAUAAAAGCUCUCAGAGCAGGACUAAAGGGUCUCACAUUUAUGCUGAUAGAUUCUACCCUUCGCAAGUCAGUCCUUUUGAUGGAAAUUUUGCCAAAGGAAAAGCAGAUUUUAAAAUGAAGAAGCUGUUCCAGCCAAGACCUGCAUCCGGAGUGCUGGGGCCAACCCCUGAGAUGCUGAAUCGUAAGUCUGCUUCCCAGGAUGAUCCAAAGGACCCUCUGAGUGUAGUGGAUGAGGUACUUAUUAAAGAUGUAUUGAAGGACCUAGAGAAACACCAAGUGAAUGUGGAGAAUCUCAGCUCAACAGAACUGGAUGAGAUUGCUGAUACUAUCGCCAAUGCAAUUCAAACCGUUGGCAUUCAGGAAGAAACAGAAGAGGGUGCUGGAAAAACUAAAGAAGACAAAACAGAAGCACAAAUAAAGAAAGGAGAUGCUCAAGGAAGGGCAGAGGUUCAGAAUGAAUUAAUGGAAAACAGUGUUAAUAUACCAGACAAUGGAGUGCGUGAAGCCAGUGCCAGAAUUGAUAAAGAGGAGAACACUGCAAAACUAGUUAACUUCUUGAACGAGAAUGCGUUACCUGAAAAUAAGCCUAAAGACCUUAUACCUGAAGAAUCUACUAAGACAGAAACCAAGAAAUCGGAAGACACUGACUCUUCUUCCUCAGAAGAAAUAAAUGCUGGUGUGGAAAAUGUAAAAAGUGAGACUUUCUCAAGGGAACUGACAGCUGCAAAGAACAGUGAAUCUGACUCCAAAGACCUGAGUGAGAUCCACUACUGGAUUAAGAACACUUUAAUGCAGGAUGGAAACUCCUACAAAGAGCCUCAGAAAAGUAUGGGACAAGGCUUGCAACUUGAAGUGAAGUCUUCAGAGGAGAAAGAAUACGGCUAUAUUGUGACGGUGAAAGACCCCCUGAGUGUGGAAAAGGGCUUGGAGUUAAUAAAGGAAGUGGCAGAUCUCCUGAAGCUGCAGAUGAGUGCCUUCGAUGAUGUCAACGUGCUGGGACCAGCUGUGACCUUCAGAGUGCACUCAAACCUCCAAAACAUUUCAACUGCAGAUGUUGCCAAAGCAGCAGCUAUAAACAAAGAGAAGCUUGAAAAAACAACUGGACUGAAAAUUCUGCAGACUGGAGUGGGGGAGAAAAGCGACGUCCCGCCGCUCCCGCAGCGCGGGGAAGAGGCAGAAUCCGCCAAAUUCCUCCUCCUCACCCUCCUCUCCCUCGCCUGCAUCGCCGGGGUCCUGGCGGCGUCGGGGGUCGCCUACUGCCUCCGCCACCGCGCCCACCACCGCCUGAAGGAGAAGCUCUCGGCCCUGGGGGCCGACGCCGGCUCCGACGCCCCCGCUGCUUAUCAGGAGCUAUGCCGUCAGCGCAUGGCAGUGAAAACAUCUGAUCGCCCGGAGCCCCUGCAUGCUUCUCGAAUAAAUAGCGUUUCUUCACAAUUUAGUGAUGGGCCCAUUCCCAGCCCCUCGGCCCGGAGCAGCACAUCGUCCUGGUGCGAGGAGCCGGUUCAGUCCAACAUGGACAUCUCCACCGGUCACAUGAUCUUGUCCUACAUGGAAGAUCAUCUGAAAAACAAGAAUCGUCUGGAGAAGGAGUGGGAAGCUCUGUGUGCUUAUCAGGCUGAACCCAAUGCCACCACCGUUGCACAGCAGGAGGAAAAUACCCAGAAGAACCGCUCACGGACUGUAGUACCAUAUGAUCAUUCCAGGAUAUGUCUGAAAGGUGAAAAUAGCCACGACAAUUCAGACUACGUCAAUGCUAGCCCAAUUAUGGACCAUGACCCCCGAAACCCUGCAUAUAUUGCCACCCAGGGCCCUCUCCCUGCUACUGUCGCUGACUUCUGGCAGAUGGUCUGGGAGAACGGCUGUGUCGUUAUUGUCAUGCUGACACCCCUCACGGAAAACGGAGUCAAACAGUGCUACCACUAUUGGCCAGACGAAGGGUCAAACCUCUACCACAUCUAUGAGGUAAACCUUGUCUCUGAGCACAUCUGGUGUGAGGAUUUCCUGGUGAGGAGCUUCUACCUGAAGAACCUGCAGACGAACGAGACCCGCACAGUGACACAGUUCCACUUCCUCAGCUGGAACGAUCAGAGGGUUCCCGCUUCCACGAGAUCGCUUCUGGAUUUCCGCAGAAAAGUAAACAAGUGCUACAGGGGUCGCUCUUGUCCAGUAGUUGUUCAUUGCAGUGAUGGUGCAGGAAGAAGUGGAACCUACAUUCUAAUUGACAUGGUUCUCAAUAAAAUGGCCAAAGGUGCUAAAGAGAUUGAUAUUGCUGCUACCCUGGAGCACUUGAGGGACCAGAGACCAGGCAUGGUCCAGACAAAGGAGCAGUUUGAAUUUGCUUUGACAGCGGUUGCAGAGGAAGUGAAUGCAAUACUCAAGGCACUUCCCCAGUGAGCAGCUCGGCCUCCCAAAGGUUCCUGCAGGAUCCAUCCCUCGUUUUCCUCAUCCUCAGUCCCUGUGAAUGUUCUUGGAAACCGUAACCUGACCUUAACUGUGUAUCUUCUGUUGUAACCACAUAGUGAUAGGGUCCUUACAAACUCCUUUAGCUGGUAAAAGUUCAACAGUUAAAAUGUGUAUUCUGGUUUUUGGGGUUUUAAACAAGUUUUUAAAAGUACAUUGAAGCCUCGGAUUAAGUGACAGAACAAUCCACCUAAUUUCUUUCACAUCCUCGAAGCCCUGAAUGUCACACUUUGAAAGCACACAUUUAUGUUCUUAAUAGCAAAUAUACAGUAUUGUGGGUAAUUAGUGCAGUCAAUAUAGUCUCAGAAAACAGUGUUCUGUUAUAUUCUGUAACUUCUCAAAGGCUGAAUGGGGGGUGGGGGGCCUGAAGAGGAUGGUGAUUGUUCCUAUACAAUGCCGAGCUAGAGCAUGAAACAGUGCUGAGGGUGUGAGUAAACACAGGUCCAGGCUCUGGCAAAGAGAGCUUGCACCUUCUCAUGCUGGGCUUUGGCAAGCAAAUGUUUUCUUAACUGUUGUUUACUUUUCAGCUUUGUGCCAUGAAUGGAAGAAAAUCUGAACUGUAAGUAAGUAGGCCUGCACAGUUGUUGCAACUGGGGAGAACGAGUUGGUCACAUUAAUGGGAAGCUGGGGGAUAAGGAGCACAACAACUC